CCGAUGCGGAUACUUUUUGUGAAUGGCAGCUCAUUUUUCAGGAACCGAAAGAAGCCUUUAUGCCAUUGUGUUAGACGUACUUCUCAAGUGAGAAAGAUGUAUUAUAUGAAAAAGAAAAACGAAACUUCGGGAAAACUUGGGUUCGGUUCAAAUAGAAACCAAGUCAACAAAGAGACUCAUCAACAGUCAGAAAGACUGCAAGGAACGGAGAAGUUGGUAGAUGAAGCGUUGGCAAAGUUUGGUGUAGAAAAGAAACCCCGUUUUUCUCAAAAUGAAUAUGAGAAGUUAGGACCUUACGACAGGCUAGUUUCACGUUUUGGAGCUACAACGUUACAGUCUUUUGAAAGUGUUCUUUUGGUAACAAGCUCCGUCUUGGUUAUUGUACUUGUAUGUAGUGGCGUUGUUUUGAGUGUCGACGCUUUCCUGCACUCAAGUUUUGAAAGAGGGUCUUCUGAAAACUUUAUUACAGCAACUACCACUUUCGUAGACGAAGCAACCAUAAAAGUCGUGCAACCACUCUUUACUCCUCUAAUAUUGCUAUUCUUUUUAGCAUCUGUUAGUCUGGGUAUAUUGAAGACUUUACAGCUGACAAGCUCGAAAACUGUCUAUCGUGAGUAAACGAAUAUUUCAGACAAGUAAGCAACGUCGUUUGGUG